AUGCUCUCGACAACAAUGCCCCGCAGUCCGCAACCAAACUCCGAUGCCUCCUCAACAAGUGCAUCUGGAUCAAAUCCUGGAGUAGCGAUCGGAAAUGGGGAUUCGGCGGCGAGCAGAAGUUCUCCAAAGACCCUUAAAAGCGAACCCUUUUCUACUCUGUCGCCGGAUCAAAUAAAAGUGACGCCAGACGAAGGUACAGAGAAAAACGGACUAUCAACUACUGAUAAAGCUGCAACUGGAGGACUCCCAGGCGGUGGAAAUAAUCUGCCUGAGGGACAAACUAUGCUAAGGCAGAACUCAACGAGCACCAUCAACUCGUGCCUAGUCGCUUCACCACAAAACUCCAGUGAACACUCGAAUAGCAGCAAUGUGUCUGCUACAGUGGGCCUUACUCAGAUGGUAGAUUGUGACGAGCAAUCGAAGAAAAACAAAUGUAGUGUGAAGGACGAGGAAGCUGAAAUAGGUUCUAAUAAAGCAAAGGGUCAAGCAGCUGGUGGCGGCUGCGAAACAGGUUCUACAUCCAGUUUGACUGUCAAGGAAGAACCCACCGAUGUCUUAGGCAGUUUGGUAAAUUUGAAAAAAGAAGAAAGAGAAAAUCAUUCGCCAACGAUGUCCCCUGUUGGUUUCGGUUCAAUUGGUAAUGCACAGGACAACUCCGCAACGCCGGUUAAAAUAGAAAGAAUUACAAGCGACAGUACCACGGAAAAAAAAGGAUCGUCCUUGAUAAUAAAUAAUGACGAAAUGAGCAUGGAAGGCUGCAAUCAGUUGAAUCCCGAUUUUAUCAAUGAAUCUUUAAAUAAUCCUCCAAUUUCGAGCAUAUUAGUAAGUGGAGUAGGACCAGUACCCGGAAUCGGAGUUGGAACCGGGGCGGGGAAUUUAUUGACUGCCAACGCCAAUGGAAUCUCCUCGGGUAGCAGUAAUUGCUUGGAUUACAUGCAACAGCAAAAUCACAUCUUCGUGUUUUCAACUCAGCUGGCCAACAAAGGGGCCGAAUCAGUUUUAAGCGGUCAAUUUCAAACUAUUAUUGCUUAUCACUGUACUCAGCCUGCGACAAAAAGCUUCCUGGAAGACUUUUUUAUGAAAAACCCUCUAAAGAUUAACAAGUUACAGCGGCACAAUGCCGUUGGAAUGCCAUGGAUAGGCAUGGGGCAGGUUGGACUGACUCCUCCUAAUUCUGUAGCAAAGAUAACACAACAGCAGCCUCAUUCAAAGACCGUAGGCCUAUUGAAACCCCAAUUCAAUCAACAUGAAAACAGCAAACGUAGUACUGUAAGCGCGCCUAGCAACACUUUUGUCGACCAGUCUGAUCCUAUGGGCAAUGAAACUGAUUUAAUGUGCUGGGAUGGCGGAUCCUCAAACACCAAUAGGUCUGGACAUAACUCACGAAAUCAUGUAGACAGUAUCAGUACAUCCAGCGAGUCACAGGCAAUAAAGAUACUAGAAGCAGCUGGCGUUGAUUUGGGACAGGUCACAAAAGGAAGCGAUCCAGGUCUGACGACUGAAAACAACAUUGUAUCACUGCAAGGAGUUAAGGUUCCAGACGAAAACCUUACACCACAGCAGCGGCAACAUCGGGAAGAACAGUUGGCAAAAAUAAAAAAAAUGAAUCAAUUUCUUUUUCCUGAAAAUGAGAAUUCAGUAGGAGCUAAUGUAAGCUCACAGAUAACAAAAAUUCCAGGAGAUUUAAUGGGCAUGUCGGGUGGCGGAGGCGGAUCUAUUAUAAAUACGACGAUGCGACAACAGCAUAUGCCAGGUAACGCAAAAUCUGAGCUCUUAUCGGCGACAAGUUCAGGACUUUCGGAAGAUGUAAUGCAUCCAGGGGAUGUUAUAUCAGAUAUGGGUGCCGUAAUAGGAUGUAAUAAUAAUCAAAAAACAAGCGUGCAAUGUGGAUCUGGAGUAGGAGUUGUCACUGGAACAACUGUAGCUGGAAUAAAUGUCAAUAUGCAUUGCUCAAGCUCCGGCGCCCCGAAUGGCAAUAUGAUGGGAAACUCUACGGAUAUGCUAGCUUCGUUUGGCAACACAAGCUGCAACGCCAUCGGAACAGCACCAGAUAUGUCUAAGGAUGUUAUAAAUCAAGAUAGCCGAACCCAUUCACAUCAAGGGGGAGUUGCUCAAAUGGAGUGGUCAAAGAUUCAACAUCAAUUUUUCGAAGAACGCCUCAAGGGGGGCAAGCCCAGACAAGUCUCUGGAACUGUAGUAACACAACAGCAAACCCCUUCUGGAACUGGUGGAAACUCGUCAAACAGCCAGGUGCGACCCCUGCAAGGUCCUCCACCUCCUUAUCACUCCACCCAGCGAUCUGCGUCAGUACCAAUAGCCACCCAAUCGCCCAAUCCCUCGAGUCCAAACAAUCUAUCUCUUCCGUCACCGCGUACAACCGCAGCAGUCAUGGGCUUGCCGACCAACUCUCCUAGUAUGGAUGGAACAGGAUCAUUAUCUGGAUCUGCUCCACAAGCUAAUACUUCGGCGGUCCAGGCAGGCACAACAACAGUGCUCUCAGCAAACAAGAACUGUUUUCAGGCAGACACCCCAUCGCCGUCAAAUCAAAAUCGUAGUAGAAAUACCGGAUCGUCAAGCGUUCUUACGCAUAACUUAAACAGCAACCCAAGUACCCCCUUAUCUCAUCUAUCCCCAAAGGAAUUUGAGUCUUUCGGUCAGUCCUCUGCUGGUGAUAAUAUAAAAAGUAGGCGACCAAGCCCACAGGGUCAGCGGUCACCAACAAAUAGUCUAAUAGAAGCAAAUAAAGAUGUAAGAUUUGCUACCUCCAGUCCUGGUCUAAUUUUUAACCCACAUCCACAUAUGCAAAGCAAUUCAAAUUCAGCAUUAAACGCCUAUAAAAUAGGCUCUACCAAUAUACAGAUGGAGCGUCAAACAUCAGCACAAGGUGGAUCCGUACAAUUUACUCGGCGAUCCGAUAAUAUUCCGCUAAAUCCCAAUAGCGGCAAUCGGCCGCCGCCAAACAAGAUGACUCAAAACUUCGAUCCAAUCUCUUCUUUGGCACAAAUGUCCCAACAGCUAACAAGUUGCGUGUCCAGCAUGGGUAGUCCAGCCGGAACUGGUGGUAUGACGAUGAUGGGGGGUCCGGGACCGUCCGACAUCAAUAUUGAGCAUGGAAUGAUUUCGGGACUAGAUGGAUCAGGAAUAGAUGCCAUAAAUCAAAAUAACUGUCAUUCAAUGAAUGUCGUAAUGAACUCAAUGGGUCCCCGAAUGCUGAAUCCUAAAAUGUGCGUCCCAGGCGGUCCAAAUGGGCCGCCCGGUUUUAAUCCUAAUUCCCCCAAUGGUGGAUUAAGAGAGAAUUCCAUAGGGUCUGCUUCAAUACCUGGCUGUGGGUCAGCAAACUCUCCAAACUUUCAAGGGGUUGUGCCACCUGGUGCCCGAAUGAUGGGUCGAAUGCCAGUCAAUUUUGGUUCGAAUUUCAAUCCGAAUAUUCAGGUAAAGGCGAGUACCCCAAACACCAUACAAUACAUGCCAGUAAGGGCACAGAACGCCAAUAACAAUAACAACAAUGGAGCUAAUAAUGUGCGAAUGCCACCUAGUCUGGAAUUUUUGCAGAGGUACGCAAACCCUCAAAUGGGUCCUGUAGGCAAUGGGUCGCAAAUAUGCCCACCAUCAGCCUGCGACGGUACUCCUGGAAUGCCCGGAAUGAUGGUGGGACCAGGAGCAGGAGCGAUGCUAAUGAAUUCUUCCGGAGAGCAACACCAGAACAAGAUCACAAACAAUCCUGGGGCAAGCAAUGGCAUUAACUUCUUUCAGAAUUGCAAUCAAAUGUCUAUUGUUGACGAAGAGGGUGGAUUACCCGGCCAUGACGGAUCAAUGAAUAUUGGUCAACCAUCUAUGAUAAGGGGCAUGCGUCCACAUGCCAUGCGGUCAAAUGUAAUGGGUGCGCGGAUGCAACCCGUUAACAGGCAAAUUCAGUUUGCACAGUCAUCGGAUGGUCUUGACUGUGUAGGGGAUCCAUCAUCAUUUUUCAACAACGCUUCCUGCAACAGCGCUGGACCACACAUGUUUGCAUCAUCACAACAGGCCAAUCAGACUAAGACACAACACCUGAAGAACAUACCUAGUGGUAUGUGUCAAAACCAACCGGGACUGGCAGUGGCACAAGGGCAGAUCCAACUACAGGGGCAAGGACAGGCGCAGGGUCAGUCUUUAAUUGGACCUACUAAUUUAAUGUCAAAUGCAGGAAGUGUUAGUGCUACUAACGGCGUCUCUGGCAUCAAUUUCGUAGGUCCCUCUUCUACAGACCUGAAGUAUGCCCAGCAAUAUCAUAGUUUUCAGCAGCAGUUAUAUGCUACCAACACCAGAAGUCAACAACAACAACAGCAUAUGCACCAGCAGCACCAGAGCAACAUGAUAACAAUGCCGCCGAAUUUAUCACCAAAUCCAACGUUCUUUGUCAACAAAUAAACGUCUAAAUUUUUGCCGCCCUCGCCAUGUAUUGUUUACUAGUCUCCAAAUUAAGACAUGCAUCUCUAGAUAAGAUUUUUGAAGCUUAUUUACGUAGGUGUUUUUACAACGGAGAAAAUAAACGUUUGGAUAUGCAAAUGAUAACGUUGGAAACAACAUAAUUUACUUGCAACUUUUAGAAGUAAUGUCGAAGUUAAAUGUAGAAUAUGUAGUUUAACAUAAUAGGUCAUCUGUACAAAUAAUUAAACAUCGAAAUUUUAGUUACCAGCAGCUAUUUUCUGUUAUGAUUUAAUAUGUGUGCUGCUCUCUCUGUGUUAAAUGAAAUUAUAAUAUAUAUAUAAAUGUAAAACGCUAUUGAUAUAUAUUGCUCUCAACUGUAUUGUAAUCAAUAU